CAUCGAAUUGUAUUUAACAAGGAUGGUAUUCUAUCUUUUUAACUCUAACUUAUGUUUAUGUAGUUUAAUAAAAUUGACAUGUGUAUGUGUAUUGAUAUUGAACUGCAUAUAUUGUUAGUUUGAUAGGAGUAAACCGGAAGCGUUCAUGCGGUAGCGAAAUCUAUAUUAUUACUAUAGGUGUAUUCAUUAAGUCAAAAGUUUUUCUCUUUAAAGUAGUAAAGAAAAAUAAACAACAUUGUAAGAAUACAAUUUGAAGAAAAUGUUAGUAACUCAAGAUCCGCAAUACAAUGACGUUGUGGAGUCCGAACUUCAGAUAUUUCCAGAGCUUAACAUUUUCGAUGACAGUAAUUCAUUUGGCGAUAAUUUGUUUCAAAGCCUAAGUUCUGAAUUAGGGAUACCUCUUUUAUCUGAUGACAUAUUUAAUGACAUACCUUAUUAUCCGAACUACAAUAAAGAUGUAGAAAGAAAUAUAGAAUCUACUUCUAAAAUUUUAGAGGACUUCAACUCGUGUUUCGUCAAAAAAGAGAAAGAUUCAGAAACAAAUGAAGGAAUUACUGAAUGUAAAUUGGAACCAUUAAGUCCUCAUACACAUUUACUUCCCUUUUCUAGUCCAAGUCAUUCAGAAUCAAGUGGAUCUGAAUGGCAACAGGAUUUUUUAUCUAAUCUUUCAUCAACAGAUUUAAAGGUCGCAUUAGAAACACCACCUAUUUCACCACCAUAUAUUUCUUCUCCAAAAUCGCCUCUAACUGAAACACCUUCAACUUUCGUUCAACCAGUAAAAUUGAUACCUAUUAAUACGCAAGAAAUAAAAAAUACAAAGUAUAAAGUCGCCGGUGACAAUUCUGCAAAACGUGUUUAUAUUCAACCAAAGGGUAGUACCCAAGUUACAUCACGAGGUGAUGAACCACCUCAAAAAACUAUAAUAUUAAGUGCUCAAGAUUUUGCUGUUUUAGCACAAAAAGCAAAACAAAAUCAAACAUAUCCUUUAAAAAUAGAGCCAUUAUCAUUAAAAAAACCUAUUAAAAUACGUGGGCCAAUAAAUUUGAAAUCUACGUCAUUAAAUAAUAUAAAAACAGAAAAUAAUGGAAUUAAAUUGCAGCAGCAAAAUAAUAUAAAAAUGAUGAAUACAUUACCUAAUCUUCAUGCAUCGAACGGAGAAUCCGUAGUUAAUGUAUCCAAUGCUUCUGUAAUUGUUAAAAAUAAAACUGGUAAUCAUACCUCUAUUAUUGUGAAAAAUGAACCAGUGGGCUGUGAAUCAAUUGUUGUAAAAAACGAGACAUCCAAUUGUACUCCUAUUGUUAUCAAAAAUGAAAUGCCAGAGUUUAAUAAUUUCUCCGGUAAGCAAGAAUGUGAAAUGAAAGCUUUAAAGAGACAACAAAGAAUGAUAAAAAAUCGAGAAUCUGCUUGCCUUUCACGAAAGAAAAAAAAAGAAUAUGUUUGUUCUUUGGAGAAACAAAUAAAUGAGCUUCAAGAGGAGAAUAACAAACUUAAAACUGAAAACUUAGUUUUGAAAAAUAGGCUAUCAGCAUUUGAAGAAAACAACAAAUUUGGAAACGUUAAUCUUAAUGUAAAUAAGAAAAAUGCUGUUCUCCUUUUGGGAAUAAUUUUGAUGGUGUCAUUUAAUUUUAACGGUCUAGUAGGUAUAUUUCCACCCAGCAAGAAGUUAAAUAGUAUGUCAACAGACAUACCAACAGUUCUGCCAAAUGUCAGACAUGGUAGAAGUUUACUAUGGGCAAAUCCUGAUACACGUAUUGACGAAGAACUUGGAGAUGAUUAUGACAAAAAUAAGACAAUGCAUCAUCCUAUGUGUCCUAUGUAUAUCAAUCAGAGUGAAUCAAUACGUUUAGAUUACGAGUUACGACGAUGGAUCGGUGGAGAGUCUGAUCGUGAUAACUGGACAACAUCAACAAAGACAGAAUUAAAUAAAAAUUUAUUAGGAAAAGUUCUCUUACCAAAAUCAUCUAUAGAAAAAAAAGCAGUUUAUGACAGAAAUCGUUAUUCAAGAAAAAUCAAAUCAAAAGAUAUGCAUAAGAUUAACAAUAUUCAUACAUCAAAUGCUAAUGCAGUUGAAGUAUUUUCUCCUAUCCUUAGAGAACAUGCUUCUUUAUUCGAAGCAUUAGGAAGAAAGGAUGAUACUUUCUAUGUUGUAUGGUUCAGCGGUGAGCACCUAUUACUACCAGCUUCAAGAAAAAAUAACACAUCUAGACCAAAAAUGGCAUUGGUCCUUCCUGCUGUUCCUUUGAAUGAAACUUAUUCAACUCCUGCAAAUCACAUUACCAUGAUGCAAAUUGAUUGUGAAGUAACAAAUACUCAAUUAUUACAUUUACAACAAUCUGUCAUACCUUUUCAUUUGCGUAAAAGUAAUAAAUCAGGAAAUAGCACCAAUCAGGACCAAACUGCUAAUGGUGUGUCGGAUGCAACAACAGUAAAUAUAUCUAGAACACACAAACCUUAUUUUAUAAAAGAAAAUGAUCCUUAUGUAUUGAAUACAAAAAAUUCGAGGGAAACUUAUACUCAAAGAUCUAAAGAACAUUAUCACAACAAAGACACGACUCUUCUUUUAAAAGAAAAAUUUAUUACUGGAUUUCGUUUAGAAAAUGUAAAGAAUAAUAAUUAAGAAAUUAUUGAAAAUAGAAA